CUACUACUACUAGCCCACAAAUCUCAUUUCACGGUGACCAAAAUUAGACGCCAUUUUAGAACCUUCUAAAGUUCUAACUAAUAAACCCCAAAUUACUCAACCCUAGAAAAUAAAUCAAAUCCCUAAUUUUGGUUCAUUCAAUCUCAAACCCCCAAAAUUCUAAUGUGAAGAACACAAAUUAAAAGUCAAAAUGUCAUCAUCAGAGAUCGAAAUCGUUUCAGAUUCAAUCUCACCAAACAACAACACAAAUCAACAACAACAGCAAAAAAUUGUAAUCACUGAUGUUUUUACUGCUUCAGUUUAUGGAGACUUGCAGAAACUUCGCAAAUUUGUCGAAGAAGACGGUGCUUCUCUCUCCUCCCCUGAUACUAAUGGUUACUACGCUUUACAAUGGUCUUCUCUCAACAAUUUCCCCCAUAUUGUUCAGUAUAUUAUUGAGCAUGGUGGAGAUGUGAAUGCCACGGACCUUAGCCAGCAGACCGCGUUGCAUUGGGCUGCUGUUAGAGGCUCUAUUGGGGUUGCAGACCUGUUGCUACAGAAUGGAGGGCGAGUUGAGGCUGCAGAUGCUAAUGGGUAUAGGGCAGUUCAUGUUGCUGCUCAAUAUGGACAGACAGCCUUCUUGAACCACAUUAUUGCGAAGUACAAUGCUGAUUUUGAUGCACCUGAUAAUGAUGGAAGAAGCCCACUGCAUUGGGCUGCUUAUAAAGGAUUUGCGGAUACAAUUAGAUUACUUUUAUUUAGAGAUGCCGACCAGAGUAGACAAGAUAAAGAAGGUUGCACCCCUUUGCAUUGGGCUGUUUUAAGAGGGUAUGUUGAGGCAUGCAGUAUACUUGUGCAUGCUGGCACAAAACAAGAAUUAACGGUGAAAGAUAAAGCUGGUUUUACCCCAGUUCAGCUGGCGUACGAUAAAGGUCAUCGGCAUGUCGCCCUUUUGCUUUCUAAUAUUCAGCGGGCUCACACUAAGCGUCUAAAAGGCACAUUUUGGGCUGGGAAGGUGAUUGGAGUUGGUUAUGCCCCCUUUUUGUUUUGCACCAUCUUCUGUCUCAUGGUCCUUUUCGUAAUCUCAGUUCUCUUAGCUCCAAGUCUUGCCAAGGUGACUGCUGCUGUUGCACUUUGGGGAUGGACUGCUGUAUCUCUCUGUGCUGGUGCGUUGAUAAUGUUUUAUCGUUGUAGCAGUAAAGAUCCAGGUUACAUAAAGAGAUAUGAUGGUUCUGGUGAUCUUAGAGAAGCACAGGAUCCUUUAUUAAAUCUUGAUAUGAACAGCUCCUCUGUUUGGACUGGGAAUUGGUCUCAGCUUUGUCCAACAUGCAAGAUUAUUAGACCACUCCGUUCAAAGCACUGCCCUACAUGUAAACACUGCAUUGAACAAUUUGAUCAUCAUUGCCCUUGGAUUUCAAAUUGCGUGGGGAAGAGGAACAAAUGGGAUUUCUUUGUAUUUGUCUGUCUUGGAAUGGCGACAUCGUCUAUUAGUGGAGUGAUAUCUGUUUUAAGUAUAAUUACAGGAAUUUGGACUGCAGUACCAGCAAUUCCAACUAGUGAAGCAUGGAUGCAUCAUGUGAUAGCUCAUCAUCCUGGUGUUAUUGUAUUUUUGGUGAUGGAUUUCUUAAUAUUUGUGUCCGCGACAACGCUGGCAGUUUCGCAAGCAAGUCAGAUAGCUCGAAAUAUCACAACAAAUGAAUUGGCAAAUACUUCCCGGUAUACAUAUCUUCGCGGUCCAGAUGGCCAGUUUCGUAAUCCUUACAACCAUGGUUGCCGAAAGAACUGUGGUGAUUUUCUUAUCCAAGGCUACACUAAUGAUGACGAGAUUGCAUGGCCUCCGCUGCAGGCAGUUACCCGUUAAAAACAAUUAAGGGUAUAACAGGGAGACCUCUUGCUGCUUCACCAAGGCAUUUUACUUCUUUACACAAAGCAGGAUGUCGUUGCAUAUUCUUCUCUUAAAGGGAUACCUCUUGCUGCUUCACUAAGGCGCUAUACUUCCUUACGCUCAGCAGAAAUGUUGUUUGCAUAUUCCUCUCCUGUAAUUUUUCAUGAUUCCAUUGUUUUCCCCCCCAAGUUUGUGAUAGUAAAAAAAAAUACAUCAAUUCAGUGUACAGUCGACUUUUACUAUAUGUAAAAGGGGGUUGAGAAUGAAUUAGAUGGCAUAUUCUACAAA